AUGACUCAAGGACCAAUCGCAGAGACAUACAUAUACGAUUUGAAUGAUGCCUUCCUAGAUUCAUUAAGACUAUUGUGUUUUGAUUUGGCGACCUUUGAAACUGUGCAGCCACUGGAAGAGCUGUCUGUGAAAUAUGAGUCAGUACCCAAGGACAUUAACUAUUACAAGUCUGAUUUGCAUCGCUAUAACUUGAAAAGAGCACAAAGCAGUUUACCCCCCGUGGACGAAAAUGAAUUUGAGAGAUUAGUCGAAACUGAAUCUGUUGAGAGCAUCUCGGGGUCGGACUUUGAGAGCGAAUCUGAACUGGAAGACGAUGAUGAACAGGAACAAAAAGUCAAAAGUUUGAUCAAAAAGUUGAAUUCGGUAAAUAUAGCAGAAGAGUCUCUGUCUGCCUCCCAUUUAAAUACCAAAAGCCCCUUUAUCCUUUUUGGCUCCGAGUCUGUGACAAACGAUAAAGCCAUUGGAGUUUACAAAGCCUUGUUUCCCGAAAGCGGACAAGCUGAUCCCUUAACAUACCUCAAACAUGCAAAUGCACAGAAAGACUCGAUGUCCGCAAUUUUCAUGAUCGGUGGAGGGCACUUUGCGGGAGCUAUCAUAAGUCACAAAAGAAACGAUUUAAAAUCCGCCAAUAAUAAGGACAGCUUAAAAAUGCAACAGGUGAAUGUCAUAGCUUCAAAAACAUUUCAUCGGUAUACCACGAGGCGUAAACAAGGUGGUUCACAAGGUGCUAGUGACAAUUCUCGUGGAAAGGCAAUUUCUGCGGGCUCAAGUAUUAGACGUUACAACGAGAAGGCUUUAGCUCAAGAAGUGAGAGAACUUCUUGCUCAAUGGAGCGAUUACUUGCUGGAGUGCACGGAGAUUUACAUUCGCGCAAAUGGGCCUACUAAUAAAAAGGUUAUGGUGGGAUACGAAGGUUCGCCGAUUGAUGCAAAUGACAGCAGAAUUAGAAAAAUACCAUUCUCAACACAAAGGGCAAGCUUAUCGGAGCUCAAAAGAAGCUGGGUUGAGUUGACCCACUACAAGAUAGUAGAGCUACCUAAAACAGAAGCAGUCAAUGAGGCAAAUGCAACAAAAGUUACACAAGACAACUCAAGCAGCAUAAACGACAAGAGAGAAAGCAAUGACGAUGAACAACGUAGCAAGAAAAAGGAGGAAAUAUUGAACAUUUUGAAAAGGCAAAAAGCUCCUAAAUUGCUAAAAUGGAUUAAGGACAACCAGGUUGAUGUUGAUUCGUACCCUGUUGAAACAAACAUCUAUACUCCAACACCAACAUUGCUUCAUUACGCUGCUGCAAAUGGUCUCUCCCACAUGAUUCAAAUUUUAUUAAUCAAUUUGAAAGCCUCGCCUUUGAUACCGAAUACAGCUGGACGGUACCCUGCCGAACUUGCUGAUCAUAACACCAAACGAGCAUUCCAGAUUGCGAGGUACAAAUUAGGAGAAUCACACUGUGAUUGGGACAAGGCAAAAGUGCCAGCUGCUAGAUCAAAAGAAGAAUUUGAGGAGGAAGAUAGAGCAAGAGAGGAAACUGAAAAACUUUCCAAGCAGAAUCUCCUCAAAGCUGAAGCUUUAAAGGAAACUACGAACUCCCCCGGCAUCAAACCCCAUCAGAAUAGUCUCGCUGGAUUGAAUGACGAGCAGCGGUUGAAAAUCAUGAGGGAGCAAAGAGCAAGAGCUGCAGAAGCCAGACUAAACAGAUAG